GGUGUGUGUGCACAGGGGGAAGUGCAGCAGUGUGUCAUGGAGAAGGAAUGUCCUGUGAUUGCUGUAUCAAAGUCCAUUUCUUCUCCCCUGCUGAACGGCUUUUGUCCAGCACUCUUGACUUUCCAUGUGCUUUCCCAUACAGAGCGGGAUCCAGGCUGCAAUGCCCCAAAAGCAGUGGGUUCCCAUGGGCUUUGCUGGGCUUUGCUGGGUCCCUGAGUCUCGCAGCAGGGGCUUGGUCAGGUGGAACCUGCUGAUUCACGGGGCAGGGACUUGCUGCAGGUAAAGGACAGGCCCCUCCUGCCCUGGCUGGAGACACAGACCUUGGAGACACGGGCCUUGGACCUCUUUACUUGCUGCACCAUUGAGAAAAAACCUGACCUGAUGCAUUUUUCCAAUUGUUUGUUCCCACCCUGGCGGAUCAAUUAAUCCUUUUCGUAAACAGGAGGUUUCACUGACAGUAAAAAUCCUUUGGGUUUGGGUGACUCAUGCACAAACAGCUCAACCCUCCUCAAGGUGGUUUGAACCAGGUGGAAGGUAGGAAGCAGGAGUAUUACAUGACCUAAUAACAAACUAUUCAGCCUUAUUUAUUUGGGGGUUUUUAUUUUAGCAGCCAGAGGAGGAGCAGAACACUCCUGUGAGCCUGGGGUUUGAGCUCUUCUGGUCAGGAGCCACAAGCUGAAUCAAGAUGACGACGGCCACGCCACUGAGCAACAACACCCAGCUCUCAGGGAACGUGACCACAAAGUCUCAAGAACAAAGUCUCUACCAGAGUUCUGGAGCAAUAGUUGCUGCCAUCGUGGUGGGAGUGAUCAUCAUUUUUACAGUGGUUCUGCUCACCUUGAAAACAUACAACAGGCGCAUGCGGGUGAGGCGGGAGCUGGAACCCAAACCCCCCAAGGCAGCGAUGCCACCUCCUCUGGGGCACAACAGCCACGGCCUGUGCCAGCCUCCCACGGUGACCUUCAUCCCUGUGGACAUCCACCUGCACGACAGGUAACCGGGAACACUCGUCCUCCCCGGCAGACAAGAGGUGGAACUGUCGCUCGCACGGACCUGGGACUCCUCAGCAAAGCCUUUGGAACAGCAACAGGCUGUUGCUUCGCCUGUGGAUUGUAAUUAAUCCCGAUUUCUCUCUUUGAGAGGAAAAAUAAGAGGUCUGGACACUCUUCCUGUGGCUGAAAUCAGCUGGUGGAGGCACAGGAAUCAUCAGAGCCCGGGGUGUGGGGAGAGCGGACGAAGCGAGAAGGCGCCAGCUCAGAUUUUGUGGAGCUUUUGCUGGCUCAGGGUUUGAACUUUCUCUGUUCUUGCUGGUAAACAGGAAGAAAAAUCUGGACGUGCCACAGCUCAGGUUGGAGCUGGGUUUGUUGUGAAUUACAUGGCACAGGUUUGUGGUGUGUUUUACACACGAUGGAUGGCACAGGAAGCAGCAGAAUUGUAUUUAUCGUUACUCACCUGUCGUGUUUCUAAGCCCACGCGUGUAUGGGUUGAGAUAAAACGGUACUUUUUAUUUUCAA